AUGUGUGGCCGCGACGACGACUGCUACCUGACGAGGGAUGAAGUCAAGUACCUCUUCAUCUGCUUCGGCGUCGUCGCGGUCGUGGUCCUCCUCGCCGUCCUCCUGGCCGCCUUCGUCUACCUCCGCCACGUCACCAUCACCGUCGAGGACGCCUCGCUCACCAGGUUCGACCUGCUCACCUCCCCGGUGACGGGGAUCGCCUACAACCUCUCGCUCACCCUCAAGGUCCGCAACCCCAACUGGGCGAUGAGCAUGAAGAACGUGGAGCCCUUCGUGGCCGCCUAUCGGUUCGACGGCCAGCAGUUCGACCGCGUGCAGGUCGCCGCCACGGGCGACAAGCACCCCGCCGGCGCCACCAGGGUGUACCACCUCACCUCCUCGUCCCAAGGCGCCUUCGUGUCCCUGGGCAGCGCCGGCGAGCAGGAGUACAGGAAGGAGAGCAAGACCGGGACGUUCGACGUGGAGGUGGCGCUGACCCGCAAGGUGAGCUACACGGCGCGCUACACCAAGUGCAAGAUCGAGGCCGUGUGCCCGCUCAAGCUGCAGCUUGUCAAGCCGGACUCCACCACCGUCGUCUUCCAGAAGGUGACGUGCAAGCUCCAGAAGGCCGAGAAGAACUGCUAG